AUGGCCCUCCGGCGCCGCACGGCGUCGCUGGGUCGCCUCAUUGCUUUUGCCUUGCGGCCUGUCAUAGACAGCGCGACGACCGGAGCGCUCUUUACCGGACUGGCCUUGGUGGCGAUCGCGUGGUGGCGAAGUCGCGGAGGCCUUCUACAGUGGCUUCGCUAUGGCACAGCAGCGACGGGGCUUGGGGAGAAAGGCGCCAGCGCCUCCAAAGUGCUCGAAUGGCUUUUCAUAGGUGGCGACCGUGCGGCCGCCAACGGGAUCGAAAUCCGACAAGGAAUGGUAUCACCCAUAUCCUCAACUGCUCAGAGCGGCUACCUUUCUACAUGUCUCACACGCGAAACAAGCGGAUCCAUUUGA